CUAAAAUUGAUUGUGUGAAGUUCUCUUCGAUUCGCCGUGGAGGUAACACUUGGAUUCCAAAUACAACACCACAUUUUAGCGAUGAUCUAUUACUGGCUACUGCUGGCUUCGAUGACCUUAAAUCUGAUGGCUAGCUGUGCGGUGGGGGCUUCCGCAUCGAUGGCACAGUUUCUGGAGCGACCCCAUGAGGCGGCGGAGCAGAGUUGGUCCUAUCUUUUGCCCACAAACUUCUAUUCGGAGAUAAAUCAGCAGUAUUAUAGAAGAUUUCGCAGGAGAGCGAACCUUAAGAAAGGUUUUCCCAUGCCAUACAGAUGGUAUCCCUAUGAAUAUGCAAGAUAUCUAUGAAUAAACAUUGGAAUAUGAAAGAUUUAU